UCCGAGCAAGCCGCGCGCGCCCAGGCCCCGAAAACGAAACUCGGGCCGCCUCUCAAAAGCGCGCCGGCGGGCAGCGCUGCAACCAUUCGCCGCUCGGUCGGCCGGACAGGCUCCGCUCCCCAUCGCUCGCCUGGAACAUCGCUUCCCGGAGCCCCGCGGGGCUGGAGGACUCCAACGCCCUCUCGCUGAGUGUCUGCAGCCGCACCUCCAUUUGUGUCCUCGGCUGACAAAAUGCCACACCUGAACGGGAUGGUUUCUGGGCUGCAGAGCCAGGUGUCCCUCCACCUCGCCUGCUCCAAGUGCAGCCACCGAGAGAAUGAGAGCACCUACCGGCUGAAAGAUGUGGACCACCACUGCAGGACGGAGAUCUUGCUGGCCAGGUGCAAGGGGGCGAGCGGCAUCCAGUGGCGCAAAGUGGACAGGAGGCCCUCCUUCCCCAGACCGGCUUUCUACGACAUCUGCCGGUAUUACGUUCCUGGUUUGGGCUGCACCAGACACCGCAACUCCUGCACCUUUGCCUGGAGCCGAGAGGAGGUGAUUGUGUGGACAUUCGAGAGGAAAUACAACUUGGAAAGGCACAAAUUGAAGUGGCUGUUGAAACAGGCCCAGUCGGGCGUCACGCCCAGCGCCCAGACUAAACCCCAUGAUCUUAGCAACCCAGAAGAAAUCCUCAGUGAGUUUGGGGGUUAUUUCCAGGAAAUCUGCGGACCUUGUUUUUAUAGCCGUCCCCAGCGGAUUUCACCCAAGGGCUCUGCUCAGUGCAAGAGUCACUGGGGCUUCCUUUUGGUUCAUGUGAUUGCCGACGGUAAGAAAAAAGAGCAAUAUACCGAAAUUCGGCCCUGUCCGACAAGCAGGAGGCACUUUUCGUACUGUCCGUCCGUCUCAGCCGGCAGGUCCUGCUGGAAUAACUCUCAGUCCUGCAGUUUCGCCCACAGCGAUGUAGAGCUGGCCAUCUGGAAGGCAGAGCAAAGAUGCGGUCUGGAUCGUGCCAACCUGCUGCGCCCGGCAGCGGAGGAGACGGCAAGCUCGCCGGACGCCGCGCCGCAAUAUCAAUUCUACUGCCGGGUUUGCCUGGUGACGUGUGAUUCCCAGCAGAGCUUCGAGAACCACUGCUCGUCCGUGGAGCACACGCAGCUGAUCACCACCGACAUGCUGACCGAGUGGAGUUAUCGCGCCCCUCCGUACGAUCCAAAGAACUUUGCUCUUUGCAGCCGACCAGACAUUUGUGAAUAUGGGGAGGAUUGUGCCAGGGCGCAUUCGGUCCAGGAAUUGGAAGAGUGGAUCCAGCGGGCGAAAAUUGCCCAGAGAAAGAAGAAGACGGCCAAGCAGGACGGCCUCUUAGCUUACCAGGAUCGACUUAUUGCCGAGUACCAAUCGAGCCACAACGAAGUCUUAAUUAUUUCGGAGGCCGUGGAUGGCGUGAGGGUCACUUGCAAGCAGCCACUCCGGAUCCAGUCAGAGAAAAAGAAAUUGCAGUAUGAGUGGGUCUUCACCAUCCAUUCCCAGAUGCCGCUGAUCCACGUAGCCCUAUUAAAGAAAAUCCCAGGAGCCAACUUCUCCUUAGCUGUGCCAGGAAGGGCUGAGCUUCUCACUUACGCUUCUGGAGACAGCUUCAAAACCGUGCGGGCGUCUCCACCAGCCAUUGAGGUGAAAGUCCGCUUGCAGAGUCACACCUUCGGGGUCUACGAGCAGUGGCUGGUCUUUGAUUUUGGCAGCCGGCCUGUCUUGGUUCAAAAGCUUCACGCCCGGGUGGGUCAGAAGGAAGCAUCAUGGCGGGUGGAUCCGGCCACCGAGUCCUCCAGCUGCUUUGUGCCCAGUGGGCGCUGGCACAGUGGGAACCGCAUAGUGGUGCCCAGCGUGGCUCGCGUGAACAAGGACGUGGAACUGCUGGCUAAGUACAAGGCCGCCUCCCUCUCGAUGGACUUCCAGCGAGGGGCGAGGGGCAAGCCCAUCACCCGUGUCAACUACUGCGAAGAAAUGCACAACUUCCUCUUCCGAGAAGAAGAAGCUCAGCAGCUCUUGAUCUCCAAGCUCAACUUGCGUGCGAUGGUCUUCUUCGUAAACAGUGUGGAAGUCUUCCCAUCGGGGCUGAAAUUUGCUCCCCCACAACACCUUUACGCCCAGGUCGUGACCCCUUACUCGUUGACCAUGGACUCCGACGAAGGGUACCUGCUCCAGCGCUCAGUCAACACAGCCCUCCUCUCCCAAGAUCCACCUGCUAACAACCGGGUUUAUGAGGUCUCCAUCGAGAAAGAAGCCCUCACUGAAAAGAGCAUCUGUCUUCUCCUUCCCCAACGUUGCUGCAGGGAACUGGGCCUCCAACCAGACACGUUUGCCAAGAUGGAAGUCCAGAUCCAAAUGGACCAGCUUCAAUUCUGCCAAUGGCACCAGGCUGUGGACAACUUAUGGGAUGUGAAGCUGGUCUUUCCAGAUGUGGCCGCCUGCUCCAUCCCAUGUGGAACUUCACAGGUGCCAUGGGGGAAUGCAAAGCAGAAGCAAGCUUUUAGCUUCAUCACUGGUCAGGUGACUGGUUUCUGUAGAACACCACCUCUUUUGAUCUACGGACCAUUUGGGACUGGGAAGACCUUCACAUUGGCCAAGACUACCCUGGAGAUCAUCAAGAAGUCCAAGACACGUGUGCUUAUCUGCACCCACACCAAUAGCGCGGCUGAUAUCUACAUCCGUGAGUACUUCCACACAUAUGCCAUCUCGUCGCACCCUGAGGCUAUUCCAUUAAGGGUGAAAUCCAUUUACCGUUCGGUCAAAUCAACUGACCCCAUUACCCUACGCUACUGCUGUCUCUCUCCGAGCGGAAAUGAGUUUUGCCUCCCUACUAAAGAGCAGAUCGAUCGCCACCGGAUUGUCCUCACCACGUGCAUGGCCUCACAAGAUCUUGCAGUGCCCUGUGGCUAUUUCACCCACAUCUUGAUUGAUGAAGCUGCCCAGAUGUUGGAGUGCGAAGCUCUAGUUCCUCUCUCUCUGGCUAGCCAGACAACCAUGAUCAUUCUGGCAGGGGACCAUAUGCAGAAGACUCCCAGGCUCUACUCACUGCACAAGGAUGAGCAGUCCGCCGACUACACCCUGUUGAAUCGCCUCUUCCAGCAUUACAAGAAGGAGAAGCAUGAAGUGGCCACUAAGAGCAGGAUCAUCUUCAAUGAGAACUAUCGGUCUACUGCAGGAAUCAUUGAGUUUGUCUCCAAGCACUUCUACGUGGGCAGAGAAGAUACCAUCCGCGCCAAAGGCAAUGUCCCUCCUCACCCGGAAUUCUACCCCCUCAUGUUUUGUCACGUCUCCAGUAGUGCUGAGAAGGACAGAUCCAUGAGCUGGUAUAACAUCUCCGAGGUUGAACAGAUAUUUGAGAAAGUACAGGAAAUGGAUCAGAAAUGGCCGGUUGAAUGGGGGCAGAAGAACCUCAAGUCCAUCUGCGUGGUCUCUUAUGGCAUUCAGGUGAAAUUUAUCCGAGACAAAUUGAGAAAAAAAGGCUUUUCAGAAGUGACGGUGGAGAGCUAUGACAACCUUGCAGGGCGAGAAUUCCGUGUCAUCAUUAUCAACACUGUGCACACCUGCAACAGCCUGGCCCAUGUCAGUUCCUCUAACCUGGAGUAUUUCAACAACGCGCGGGUGUUGAACACCAUUAUAACAAGGGCUCAGUCACAGGUCGUCGUAGUCGGAGAUGCUGUCGCUCUGUGUUCUCAUGGCCAGUGCAGCAAGAUCUGGAAAAGUUUCAUCAAGAAGUGCAUUGAGAAGAAGUCCGUCACUCCUGAAACAUUGACCUUGGAGGAGAUAAAGCAGGUGAUGUCUGAUACGGCCAGCUGGAACAGAGGAAACCCUGAAUCCGAGGAAGAAGAUAGCGAUACAGACUCCUGGGUCUCUGACACGGAAAGCUUAAACCUUGAUGAUCCAAUAAUGCAGGAACUCUUGGAUGAAAGCAAAAAGUUGAUGGUGUUGGUCACCGAAGAAGGCCUGCUGAAGGUGGAAUCGGACGUCUCAGUCCCUGAAAGGAGACGUCAAGAGUACAUCAACUAUUCCUUGAAAAUGAUGCAGCAGUAUCUGCAGAUGCAGCCCCAACGAUACAAACGCUGCGAAUUCCUCCAAGAACGGUUCGAUCAAGCUUCUGCCUUCACUCUGGACGAUGCUUCUUCGAUGACCAUCCAGAUCAAGGGUCGAGUCAACUGUGGCAUGGCCUUCACUGGAGACAAAGUCUUGGUGGAGAUCCUGACACCCAACGCUACUCUUGACGGCAACCCUCAUGGGAAAGUGGUGGGCAUCUUAGAAAAGGUGAAACGGGAUCUCACCUUUGUCUGCAAACUGGAUGAGUUUGAUAGCCGGGUCAUGAUCCCCAUUGACCAGUCUGUCACAAAAAUCUUUGUCCCUCCGUUGAGAGACAAUACUGAUUCUAUUCCCAUCCGCAGAGUUGACCAGGCAGGAAAAACCAAGUUGAAGAGCUGGAAAAAAAUAACACCAGAAAACCGGAAGACAUGGCUUUUCGUAGUACAAAUCAUGAAAUGGGAAGAAGGUUAUUACUACCCUCUGGGAAUUGUUACGGAGGUCCUUCCCAUGACUUCCUCACUAGAGGAUGGGCUUCGUAUUCUGGAUUUGGAAUAUAGUUUGUCCAAUGGAUAUCCUGCCUCGGUGAUCAGACAAGUGACCAAAUUAAUCUCUGGUCACCCCUCUCUGAUGAGAGCAGAGAGGAAAGACUGUCGGGCUUAUUUUACUUUCACAGUUGACCCCAAGGGUGCUAAAGACCUGGACGAUGCCAUCAGUGUCAAAGAUAUGGAUGACAAAUAUGAGAUUGGGAUCCACAUUGCUGACAUGGCCUCUGUGAUCCCCAAAGAUUGUCCUUUGGAUACAGAAGCCAAGAACCGAGGGUUAACUUAUUAUGUUCCUGAGAAACCCAUACAUAUGUUCCCACCAGAGCUCAGUCAGAGUCUCUGCAGUCUCCUUCCUCACCAAGAACGUUUGGCGAUCUCCCUCUUUGUCGUAAUAGAUAAGGCCACGGACCAGAUCGAAAGAAUUUCCUUUGCCAUGUCCAUAAUCUGUUCUGAUCGGCAGAUGACCUAUGAGGAAGCUGAAGGGAUCAUUAAAAACUACUACAAAAUAGAGGCACCCUCACCUAAUUUUGACACCUUAGAAGAUUGUGUUGCAAUGGUGUAUCAUUUCUCCCGCGUCCACCGGAAGUUCAGGCUUCACGAAGACUGUCAUUAUGACCAGCUGGAUGAAGAAAUACCUUUAGGUCAGCGAUGUUCUCACCAAAUGAUUGAGGAACUUAUGAUCCUCUUCAACAGUUCUGUGGGAGAUCUGCUCACAAACCGGCUCCCUACCAGAAAUUUAACCCCUCUUCGUUGUCAGAUGGAACCCAAUCCUCAGCAAAUCUCCCGAAUGAGGGAGAAAUACAGAGAUGUCAUUCCUUUGUCCACUCACCUCUCCCAUCAUCUAGGAGUUCCAACUGAUGGUGCCCCUAUGAGGACCAUUGAUCCAUUUGUUCUCUUGACUUCCUCGUGGGAGCACCUCAAGUCAGCGGCCAAUAACCGUGACUUUCCCAAGAUGCUUGACCUCAUCACCACAGACGACAUCCAUCCCAAACUUGCACCCAUCAAUUUAGAAUUUAGGAAGCUCCUGAACCGUUCUUAUUUUCUUCGUUCCAAUUCCUGUCCUCAGGCCAAGCUGGGCCACUACUCUUUGCACGUGGACUCGUAUACCUGGGCUACCUCUCCGAUUCGGCGCUACGUGGAUGUUGUGGUUCAGCGACACAUUGUCUCUCUGAUUUCGAAGAAGCCCGUCCAGUACUCCCAAAAAGAGAUUGAAUUCCUCUGCCACGAUUUCAACCGGAAGAAUGGCAAGGCCAACACGUACAUGCGAAGAGUCCGAUCUUUGGAACUGGCCACCCAGUUGAAAUGUCAGGUUCAAAAAAAGUUUGCUUUCAUCGCCAACGUUGAAGGGAAAGCCAAGAAUUUCAAACUCAUAUUUCCCCUCAACAAGGAGACCUUUCCAGAUAGUCCCAGCAUCAAUUAUAGAGCCCUUCAGUUGGUUUCCCAACCAAAUUUCAUCGAGGAGCAGAACAGUAUGAGGCUGAAGUGGAAGAGAAGAAUGUACUCCUUGUCAACCAAAAACAAGGAUGAAGCGAGGCGGUCAGGGAUUGGAGGAAACAUCUUUCGCUUCAAUGGAGAUGUGUGGCAUAAAAUCCUUGCAGCUAUCAAAAAUGAAGACUAUGAAAAUUUAGUCGAACUCCUUGAGAAGGAUUACACCCCGGAGUCCAAACCUGUGGGGUCAAUGGGGAGGAGUAAAUGCUUACACUACAAAGAACUGUCAGUGGAACUUAAAGUGGGAGAUGUGUUGAAUUUCCAACUGACUACCAAUGUCCAGCGAGGCUUCCUGGUGCCGUUUGUGCAACUGUGGACAGUAGCUCCUGGCUUUGAAGUGUGCUUGGAGCACACCGAGCGACCCAUCGAUUGCUUCUCUAGGUAUGCUUCCCAAGCCCUGAAGGACUUUUAUAAGAGUGCCUCUGAUUAUCGCAAAGUGUGGCUGCCUCUUUGUGACAUAGAAGCAACUUUGGGAGCGUUGGCUGAAAACAACUCGAUUGUCCUGCAAGAUGUCCCGAUCCUUUGGAAGGCGCGGCGGACUUCACAAGGUCAGCUCUGUGGAACCAUCAAACUCACCAAGGAGUUCCUCAAAGACUCUGCCAUCGAAGUGGAUUUUGGCGCCUGCUACAUGUGCAUUCGCCUUUCGGGCCUCUGCGGACAUGGGAUCCAAGACAAGGAGGAAGACCUCAGCCAGAAUUUCCAGAAACUCAGUUUGACCAAGGAAGCAAGCAAGACUCAGGAUUUCAUGAUUGAUCCCGAUACGUACACUUGGGUGGCACACGGAUGUACGGAUAAGUCCGAUCAGAAUGAGAAACCUGAUCAGCGUGGCGAAGUGAUGGUGAAUUUCUACAUCCAUUUUACAUCCAUGGAGAAGAUUCCCUUUGAGGUCACACAGACGAGUUCAAGGUUCACUGUAGAGCUGAUUCCGAAGCAGCUGCCUGAUGUCCGGAAAGAAAAAGCCGUUUGGGACCUGGAGAACGCCACAGAACUUGCUCGGAGUAUAGCUUUGGGUCAACCCAUUCCAGUCCCAAGGCAAAAACCUUCCAAUAUUUUGAAGAGAAGGGAUUUUAACAUUCCGGGCUAUAGCCGUAAACUCAAUCCAAGUCAACAGUCUGCCAUCCAGGAGGCACUGAAAAAGUCCUUCACUCUAAUCCAAGGACCACCAGGCACUGGGAAAACUGUGGUUGGUGCUCACAUCGUGUACUGGUUUCACCAGCUCAAUCAGGAGAAGAAUGUCAACACAACUCAAACUGGACAGCCAACCCAGGAUGAUGACCAGAGAGUCAAGAGCCACAUUCUGUACUGUGGACCUUCUCACAAGUCGGUUGACGUUGUUGCUGAAAUGCUGAUGAAGAUGCCUAAUUGCUUGAAGCCUCUGAGGGUCUAUGGAGACAUGAUUGAGUCAAUGGAUUUUCCUUAUCCUGGCAGCAACCUCCAGUUUUCUGGAAAAUCUCAGCGGAAUACAAAAUCGAACCCACAUAUCAGGUGUAUCACUUUGCACUAUCGGAUCCGGGAAAGGAGCAAUCCUUACGCACCACAGAUCCUCCAGUUUGAUGAACGAGUGAAACGUGGAGAAGAGAUCACAGAAGACGAAGUUGAGAGGUACAAAAGACUGCUGAAAAAGGCACGAAGCUAUGAACUGGUACGCCACAAUGUCAUUCUUUGCACAUGCUCUGCCUCUUCGUCCAACUUCCUUUCAGAGCAGACAAACAUCGAACAGCUUCUAAUCGACGAGUGUGCCAUGUGCACGGAGCCUGAAACGCUCAUCCCAUUGGUGAAAUGCAAGAGGCUCGAGAAGGUUGUCUUGUUAGGAGACCAUAUGCAGCUGAGACCCGUGGUCCAGAGUGACUUCUGCAAGAAACUUGGGAUGGAGAAGUCUCUCUUUGAGCGCUACUACAAACAGGCUUUGAUGCUCAACAUCCAGUAUCGCAUGCACAAGGACAUCUGCCAGUUCCCAUCCCGGACCUUUUACAACAAUAAACUGAUGACCAGUCCCAGUAUCACUCGUGGAAGCAGCACACUCUACUACCGUAGCGAAUUUGAGUGCACCCCCAUCAUCUUUGGCCACAUCGAAGGAAGAGAGAUUUCCCUCGUGGUCUCCACGGAAGAAGGGAACGAGAACUCCAAGGCCAAUCUGGAGGAAGUUCAGCAGGUGGUGAGAAUUGCAAAGCAGCUGACCCUGGAUAGAACCACCAGGGAAGACGAGAUCGCCAUCCUGACUGGUUAUAAUGCUCAAGUCGUGGAAAUCAAGAAGCAACUUGCUCAGCAUGGCAUGCGAAACAUAACCGUUUGCACCAUCAUGAAAAGCCAAGGCAGUGAAUGGAAAUACGUCAUAGUGUCCACAGUCCGUUCCUGUAAUCGGCAGGAAAUUGAAGAAAGGCCCACAAGGAGUUGGCAGAGUUACCGUCUCGGCUUCAUAGUAGAUCCCAAUCAGAUCAAUGUCUGUCUCACUCGGGCACAGGAAGGCCUCUGUAUUAUAGGAAACAGCCAUCUUCUGGCGAGCAAUAAUUUGUGGCGGCAACUUCUGAAUCAUUACCAGAGCCGUCGAUGCCUUACCAUGGCCAAUGCAAUUAAGGUUAAAAAGAGGACCAGUCUUGUCCGAUAAGAAGGUACCCCAGGAAAAAAUCUCUUCUGUUGUUUUUAACCUCCUGGGCAUGGAGACCAUGCCCAAUUCCGGGAAAUGGGAUUUACCAACACUGAGCCAAAAUCAGCAGCCUUGUGGCUAAGGAGACAUUUGCCAGGGGGAAAAAAACAACACUAUGGCACGACUUACUUUUUCAAGAUCCGACCUCAGAGGAGACUCUGCCUUGCUCGGGGAUGAAAAAAAGCCAUCUCUUAACACAUUUUAGCAUGCAGGAAUCUUUCAGAAAAGCAAAUUCAGUUGGGGAAUUUAAUAGACGCGGUCGAAGAAUGAAGCAACUGGUCCACCACGAGCCAGCGAGGAGCGUUUGCAACGCGGGGACGGAGGGAAACUGUGCCGCCAAAGAGCAGGGCUCCAGCUGCACUUUUCAAAACCAGAUUUUUUUUAAAGGAAGAUCAAAACCCUCAUCUGCCAAUCCCCCCCCCCAUAUUGACAAAACGAUAAGCUGACUCAGCCACCCAAUGCAAUGCAAAUGAUUCCCUUCGAUCUCUGGCUUGGAAUGCUUUUGUACAAAUUUUAAAUUUUAAAUUUUUUUUUAAGCCCGGUUACAUUUUACUUGAAAUAGUUUCUUCGUGCUAGUUUUUUAAUGUGCUUUU